CAAUUUUUUACGAAUGUAAAUUUUUUAACUAAAUUUCGUGGUAUACUCUUUCGAAUUUAAAAGCGCAGUGGACCCGCAGCCAUCUAAUAAACAUUUUGUAUGACAGUUUAGCAGUCGGAUUAUACAGUUUGUGACUACAAUAUAGAUCACGAUUAUUUUUGUAAAAGAACACCCUGAUAUUAUUCAACAAAUUUCAGAUCCAAUGAAAACAUAUUAAGAUGUGAUAGUUUUUAAGUAAUGGAAUUAAACAACAUCUUUGCUUGUAGCACAAUUGUGGUGGAAUAUAAAGGUUGUAAAUAAUGCAUAUACGACGCGAAGAUUUUCACCUAGGUAUUCCAUAAUUAUAGAAGUCAGGGGCGCAAGAUUAGAAAAUUUUAUAGUUCCCACACUUUUGCAAGACGUUUCUCCGAUUACCGCGGGUCUACUGCAAUGGCUUUCUAAGGGUGUCGCGACACGAUGAUACAAAGGGCUAUUAACAUGCGCAUUAGAAAAAAAUAAAUCGAUAGAAAACAGCAUGCGCAUUACUGUUUUACUCAUCUCGCAUUCACCCAAACAAUGUUCUCAUUUGUAAUGCUGUAGAGUUAUAAAUAAAACAAAUGUUUACCAGAACGAAGAAAUGUAACAAAAUGAUGAUUCGCCUUAAUAACUUCUUGUACGUUUUUAAUUUACGCCAAGGCACAAUUUUAAUUGCUGUUCAUCAAAUUGCGCUUUCAUCAUUUGUGCUUAUUAUAUUAUUAGUUGGAAUAUCCCAUCUUGGGGAAAUGUUACAAUUACUUCAGAAUGAUAUGAAAGAUGAGGAAGAAAGAAGAGGUUUCUAUGGAGUAUCUUAUGGAGAUCAAGUGAUCUUUCACGAGAAUGAUGUGAUAAGUACUAACAAUCAAGUAAGAUUCGCUAAGGCACAGCAUCUUGCAUCAGUUACCGUCGUUAUUCUCUACACAAGUACAAUUUUAACGGCUAUUUACCUCAUGUGUUCUAUAUCUCUGCUCUACGGUGCUGUUAAGUACAAGAGAGAAUAUGUUCUACCUUGGAUAAUGGCUGCAUGUGUGGCAGUGGUUCUUCUCAUCAAUUUUAUUAUAGUGUUCGAUGGGUAUCCUUGUAUUGUGAAUUUGUUUGGUGGUCACAAUAUGUACCACUUAGGCUGCGCAUUAUUCGUCCUUACAUUUAUUUACGCCAUCCUCGCUGUGAGUAGCUUUGCCCUAGAAACCAAUGGGGGUCGAUGUUCUCAAGCUAAUAUUUCAAAUAACGACGAAAGAGGAGAAAGGCUCUUACUUCUCGACCACGCAGCUCAUUCAAGUUUGCUGUCAGCGGCGCAAUUGAAUAAACUAUCGCAUGGCACUAGAACACAAUUUGUUUAAAAAAAACUCAUACUAUUUCAACCAAUGCUGCUGAGAAAGAAAAUUAUUUUCAUGUUGUACUGUAAAAGUAUUUAUUUUUCUGAUAAGAUUAAUUAAAAUCUUUAUUCUUUGUACAAAGAUUUAAAUAGCAAAAAAAUUCUAAUGUAAUAUAGAAAUCCUUGCAGAGGUCGAAUGAUAUGCGAUGUUAUUUACGAAGCUUUAAAAU